GUUAGGGUUUGCCUUUGACCCUAGCGUUCCCCAUAGUGGCCUGCCCGAUUCUUCCCUCUCUCCUUAUUUUUCUUCCUGCAGCCAUCUGGCAGGGGCUCUGCCCCGGAACUCGGCCACGACGGCGUUCCUGCCAUGCCUAUGCUUGCGGGUCUCCUCUCCUGAGGAGAGAUGUGGGCACCCGCCCGGGCGCGCCACUGGUUCGGCCCCCGGGAGGUUGCGUCGGGGGCCGUGGGCCCCAUGGGAACCAAGACCCUGUGCCCCCCUUUGGCCAUGACUGGGCCCCCGCCCCCAGGUGGAGGGUGCGCGGACGGCCUACGUGACCCGAUGGACGCAGCGGCCGGCGCUCAUGCGCGCGCGAGGCCACAGCCUCUACCUGACGGGGGGCAGGGAAAGGCUGGCCAGAAGGAGGACGAGGACACCCUGCUCGACGGGGCGGUCCAACUAGCGCACGUCCAGCAGCGCGCGGAGAGGACAAGGGGGAAGCUGAUGGCCGUCCUCCACUACCACGUGGCAGUGGGAUACCCAGACCCGCUGGAGCUGGCGCCCCGUCUCUGGCUAGCCCUGGAGGGGCUGCGUCGGUCGGGGGGAAAGCAAAACCGCAAGUACCCAGUCACCACCGAGAUGUUGGCCCAGCUUCAAAGGAAACUGAACACGGGCAAAUUGGGAGACGUAGCCCGGCGGGCUGCCAUCUCGGUCGAACCCCACGGGCGCAGGGGGCGAUCUGCUCAACCUUUGAAAGAGCGGACGAGGCAGCCAUCUACACCAAGAGAAGCAAAACGGACCAGAAAAAUCCCGGGCGCUGCCGAAACCAUUGCGCCAUGGGGAACGCCCCCUGCCCGGCGAAAGCCCUUGCAGAAUUGGAGCGGCUGGCCACCCAAGUGGACAUCAGAGGGCGACCUCCCGCUGUUCCGAGACGAGGAAAGGAACCCGAUCGGAGGGCAGGAGGAGACCAAGGGCCUCUUGGAUCAGGCGGCGACGGCGGUUGGCAUCCACCCCUCGCACAUCGGGAGCCACUCCCUCUGGAUAGGGGGGCCACGGCGAUGCAACACGCCAUCCCGGACUGGAGGGGCAAAAGGUUUGGGGGUUGAAGACCAGCGCCGUCCACGUCCACCUCUGGGAGACGCACAAGCCUCAGAAGGGGCUUGCUGAGGCGAUUUCGGCUUGGAACUACCAGCUCACAUUUGGGGGCCAACGCCGAACAAUGCAAACCCAUGCCAAGCAACCCGCGCAGAGCAAAGCGACGCGCCCCUGCAAUAGGCUUCCCCCGAAUCAGGGCCACACCAGGUUCAUUUGUUGAAGACCAGGGCGCCGAAUAGCGGCGCUUCGUUGGCUCUUCUUUUGGAAAGUCCGGCCUGCGGCAGGCUGCUGAAUGGGAGGGCGCUUCCUGGCGGUUGGCCAGCGAGGUCCCCACCCGCGCAGUGUGCAAUCAGGAUUGCCUGCCAAGUGGGCGAGUUAGACGCCAGGUGAUGCCCUUCCAGGGUUCUUUUCGAUUCCUCCC